AUGACAAUACAUCAAUUUUUGCUACUGUUUCUACUCUGGGAAUGCCUGCCACAUUUAUGUUCUCCGGAGAUAACGUUUAGAAGGACUCCUGUGCCGCAGCAAAGAAUUUUAGGUACACGGCUACCGAGGAGCGAUGGCAAAAUCCUGCAUCGUCAAAAACGUGGUUGGAUGUGGAAUCAGUUUUUCUUACUGGAGGAAUAUACGGGAUCUGAUUAUCAAUAUGUAGGCAAGCUCCAUUCAGACCAAGAUAAAGGAGAUGGAUCACUCAAAUAUAUUUUAUCUGGAGAUGGAGCUGGUACUCUUUUUAUUAUUGAUGAAAAAACAGGUGAUAUUCAUGCCACACGAAGAAUUGAUAGGGAGGAAAAGGCCUUCUAUACUCUACGUGCACAAGCUAUUAACAGAAGAACGUUGAGACCAGUAGAACCGGAGUCUGAGUUUGUGAUCAAAAUCCACGAUAUCAAUGACAAUGAGCCAACGUUUCCAGAAGAAAUUUAUACAGCUAGUGUUCCUGAAAUGUCCGUUGUUGGUACUUCUGUGGUGCAAGUCACAGCUACAGAUGCCGAUGACCCUUCAUAUGGGAACAGCGCCAGAGUCAUUUACAGCAUACUUCAAGGGCAGCCCUAUUUCUCUGUGGAGCCUGAAACAGGUAUCAUCAGGACUGCUUUACCAAACAUGAACAGAGAAAACAGGGAGCAAUACCAGGUGGUCAUCCAGGCCAAGGACAUGGGCGGCCAGAUGGGAGGCUUAUCGGGAACCACCACAGUGAACAUCACUCUGACUGAUGUCAAUGACAACCCUCCUCGCUUCCCGCAGAAUACUAUACAUCUUCGGGUUCUUGAAUCCUCCCCAGUUGGCACAGCCAUUGGAAGUGUCAAGGCUACGGAUGCUGACACUGGGAAAAACGCUGAAGUGGAAUACCGCAUCAUCGAUGGUGAUGGGACUGAUAUGUUUGACAUCAUAACUGAGAAGGACACACAGGAAGGCAUCAUAACUGUGAAAAAGCCACUUGACUAUGAAAGUCGAAGACUUUACACUCUGAAGGUAGAAGCAGAAAACACCCAUGUGGAUCCGCGUUUUUAUUACCUGGGGCCUUUUAAAGACACCACGAUUGUGAAAAUCUCUAUAGAAGAUGUGGAUGAGCCUCCUGUGUUUAGCAGAUCUUCCUAUCUAUUUGAGGUUCAUGAAGAUAUUGAAGUGGGCACCAUUAUUGGCACUGUAAUGGCAAGGGACCCAGACUCCGCUUCCAGUCCCAUUAGAUUCUCCUUGGAUCGCCAUACUGACCUUGACAGGAUCUUUAACAUACAUUCUGGAAAUGGAUCCCUUUAUACAUCAAAACCACUUGACCGUGAACUAUCUCAGUGGCACAAUCUUACUGUUAUAGCUGCUGAAAUCAAUAAUCCCAAAGAAAUGACUCGUGUGGCUGUUUUUGUGAGAAUUUUAGAUGUCAAUGACAAUGCCCCACAGUUUGCUGUGUUUUAUGACACUUUUGUAUGUGAAAAUGCCAGACCUGGGCAGGUGAGCAUCACUUGUAUUGAACAUGAGAAGACUUUAUCAGUUCAGCCCCUGGUCACGAUAAGUGCAGUAGACAAAGAUGAUCCUUUAGGUGGACAGAAAUUUUUCUUCAGUUUAGCUGCUGUCAAUCCAAACUUCACAGUACAGGAUAAUGAAGAUAAUACUGCCAGAAUUUUAACGAGGAAAAAUGGAUUCAACAGACAUGAAAUCAGUACCUAUCUCUUGCCUGUGGUGAUAUCAGACAAUGAUUACCCGAUCCAGAGCAGCACAGGCACACUGACCAUUAGAGUGUGUGCCUGCGAUAGCCAAGGAAACAUGCAGUCCUGCAGCGCCGAGGCCCUGCUCCUCCCUGCCGGCCUCAGCACUGGGGCUUUGAUCGCCAUUCUCCUCUGCAUCAUUAUUCUUCUUGUGAUCGUCGUGCUGUUCGCAGCUCUGAAGCGGCAGCGGAAGAAGGAGCCGCUGAUCCUGUCCAAGGAGGACAUCCGAGACAACAUCGUGAGCUACAACGACGAGGGCGGCGGCGAGGAGGACACGCAGGCCUUCGACAUCGGCACCCUGCGGAACCCCGCGGCCGUCGAGGACAAGAAGCUGCGGCGGGAUAUCGUCCCGGAGUCGCUCUUCCUGCCCCGCAGGACGCCCACGGCCCCCGAGAACACGGACGUGCGGGAUUUCAUCACCGAGCGGCUCAAGGAGCACGACCUGGACCCCAGCGCGCCGCCCUACGACUCGCUGGCCACCUACGCCUACGAGGGCAACGACUCCAUCGCCGACUCCCUGAGCUCCUUGGAGUCAGGGACCACCGAAGGAGACCAGAACUAUGAUUACCUCCGGGAAUGGGGCCCCCGGUUCAACAAGCUGGCGGAGAUGUACGGUGGCGGGGAGAGCGACAAAGACUCCUAA